AAGCUAAAAUAUCCAACCAAAUAUAUAAAAGAGAGCAAAGCUUCUCCUAUUUUUAUCAAACCUCAACAAAUACUCUCUUAUUUCAGAUUCUUUCAGACAAAAACAGAGAGAAACUUUUUAUGUUUAUGUGUUUAAGAUCUGAUUAUUAAAAAGAUGCAAGUUGUUGCUCCUUCAUCUCCGGCGUCGAAAUUCGCCGGAAAAGAGAGAUUUUCAGAAGUUUACGGCGAACUAAACGACGAUUUUGGCUCAAAACUGAAGAUUAGUUCUACAGAGGAAGAAAACAGAGAUAAAGAUGAAGAAGAAAGAGAAGAAGAGUUCUCAUUCGCAAGUGUAAAUGCAGAGAAUUCACCGAUAACCGCAGAAGAAGCGUUCGAAGGCGGUCAGAUCCGACCGGUUUAUCCUCUGUUUAACCGGAAUAUUUUCUUCGAUGAUCCAAAGGAGGAAACUUUACGUUCACCUCUCAAGAAACUCUUCGUAGAAUCCACAACCACCGAAGAAGAAGAAGAAGAAGAAGAGUCAGAGACGGUGGGUCCGUACUGUUCAUGGACAAAUCGUACGGUGGAGGAAGCAUCACCGGAGACUUGUCGGAAAAGUAACUCAACAGGGUUUUCAAAACUAUGGAGAUUUAGAGAUCUUGUUUUGAGAAGUAACAGUGAUGGAAAAGAUGCGUUUGUGUUUUUAAGCAACGGCUCUUCGUCUUCGUCGUCUACAUCGGCGAAAUUGAGCGGUGUGAAGUCGUCGGAGAAAGGGAAAGAGACGACGAAGACGGAGAAGAAGAAGAAGAUGAGAACAAAAUCGGCACAUGAGAAAUUAUAUAUGAGAAACAGAGCAAUGAGAGAAGAAGGGAAACGAAGAUCGUAUCUACCGUAUCAACAUGUUGGAUUCUUCACUAAUGUUAAUGGUUUAACCAGAAAUGUUCAUCCAUUUUGAUUAAACCGGUUUUGUUUCAAAAUCUCUACCGACAAAUCUUUGCCUUUGUAUAUAAUAAUCUAACUUUUUUUUUUAAUACCGGUGUAUUAUAUAACCUUUUUUGUAAGUAAAAGUGAAACUUUACUUAUUUAUUUCACGUUUUGUCUCAUUUGAUUAAUUUUUUUUUUAUGUAAAGUAUUUUCUGAUUUUGAAAGUAGACAAGAUUCAUCGAUCGUUU